AUGUCCUGCCCACCGCCAUUACAGAGGCCUGAGAAACGCCACUCUAGCGACUACGGCUCCGACUUCACGCCGGACGAAGAGGAGCUUUUGAACGAGCUGCUCACCAAGGCCGACGCCGACGCCGCGGCGCCCUCGACCCCAAACCGAAUCUCAACACCCUCAGCGGCGCUGCUGCCGAUCGAGGAUCCCAUUUCGGCACGCGCAGCAGAGACACCCGAUCUCGCGUCCCUGCAUCCGACGGCUCUUGCGGCGCUCGUUGCGGAUAUCGAGGAUGGCGUCGAUGACCCGGUCGGUAUUCGGCUGCCUAAGGUGCUGGGCCGGGAGCACCCCCGUUCACCAUGGCGGUGCUCGAGCCAGCAGCCGCACUGGAGCCCGGGGCUUGGAUGGGGUGGUAUGGCGGGGAGGACAGUUCAGAGCGCAGACAACAGGGACCGCUCGGUUGUCGAGCACCCGAGUUCUACUGAGGGUAGAGAACGAGAGCGAGAGCGCACUGUUGCGCGGGAGCGCGAGUGGACGCAACAGGAUCCGGCCGCGGCAGCGCUAGAUUCUCGAUCUCCUGUGGAACGCUUUCGGCAACCGCCGAACAAGGCGUUCUCGGUUACAGACCUCGUCUCGCCUGCUUGGUGUGAAUUGCAGUACUGGUAUACCUUGACCAAGCAUGGCAGGAAGAGGAGGACCCCGGCGAUGACGAAGGGGAGCGUCGUGCACAAGACCCUCGAGGACGAGAUCUAUACCACUGUACCCGUGGAGAUCACGACCAAGGAGGAUGCUUGGGCCCUGAGGAUCUGGAAUGUGAUCCAAGGACUGCGCCUGCUGCGCGAGUACGGCGUCACGCGUGAGCUGGAGGUCUGGGGCGUUGUCGAUGGGGAGCUGGUCAAUGGGAUCAUUGAUCAGUUGUCUUACGAAUGUCCCGAUCCCGAGCUCGAGGCAACGGCUGGCCAAUACUAUGCAGACGCGGCGGCGUCCCGGUUGACAUUGCCCGAGUAUCAGAUGUCCCUGUCGGACUUUUUGCUGUCUUCUGGUCAGGGUGGGAGAAAGCUGUCAGACAUUGGGCAACCAGCUCCUGAGGAGGAAGAUCUUCCCGGUGAUGACGAGUCUGCGACGUUCUAUGGCUUGCCACGAGUGUACAUGACGGACGUCAAGACCAAAGCCAACCGCACAGUUCCCACUGUCAAGAGCACCUCGUUUAGGCCGACUCUCCUUCAACUACAACUAUAUUAUCAUAUGCUGAACCGCCUUAUCACGAGUGACGAUGUCACAAUGGAAUUGCUCGCAUCGCGCUAUGACCUGGACCCGACCCGCUCUUUCACCGACGCCUUCAUCUCUGAAGUGGGUGAACUGAACGAUGAAUUUUUCGACACCCUCGCUUCCCAAGAGUUUGACCUCGACAAUAUCCCUACACCCGAUGACGCGCGAAGGGCCUCUAGUGGUCCUGCAGCGGCAUCAAGCCCGCCUCCCUCCGCCAGCCAAGACACAGCAAGCAUCCUCCUGACCCACAGCAACCUCACCCAUCUAUGGAGUUUUAUGAAAGAACAACUCCGCCUCACAUUUCUCCCCCAUCUCACCUCUCCGAACUCGACACAAGCUCAGUCUGUUGCACCAUCAAUCCCAUCCCACUCCCAACCGGCCAUGCUUGAGCCAUACCCCACCCUUCUCUCGCCCGUUCUCACUGCCCGCUACCUGUCCUCUGCCCCUACGGUGGAUUUCCACCCCCAACUCCUGGGAAGCCGUUCAUUCCUCUUCGACCCUGCCACUAUGACGUCCUACCUGACCGACCAGAUGGACUGGUGGCGUGGCGAGCGAGAUCCUCACGGUGUCGAGGUCAUGGACGCGUGGAAAUGCCGUGUCUGCGAGUUCCGCGAUGAAUGUUCCUGGCGCCAGGAGCGCGAGUUGGAGAUGGCUCGGCGCAACCGGGGGCGCAGUGCUGGUGCAUCGGCAGAUGUUUCAACCGUAUAG